AUUACCGGCUGUUGGUUCACGUGCAGGGGGCGGUGACGCGUUUGGUGGAUGUGCUUGGUUCUGCUGUCGUUUCGUCGCAUUGCCAGCAAAGGAAGAUAUAAUGAUGUAAAGAAGAGGCAGAGGUGGUUGAGCAGACCGUCAACACAGAUCAGCAGCUAUGGUGUUUGAGUCUGUAGUUGCUGAUGUGCUGAACCGCUUCCUGGGAGACUAUGUGGAAAAUUUGGAUGGCUCUCAGUUGAAACUAGGAAUAUGGGGAGGUGAUGUUGUCCUCAAGGAUCUCAGGCUGAAGGACAGUGCUCUACAGGACCUGGAUUUACCAAUCAAGACAUUAUCAGGCUACCUUGGCAAACUGGUGCUGAAGAUCCCAUGGAAGAACCUGUACACGGCGCCGGUGGUGGUGCUGGUGGAGCGGCUCCACCUGCUGGCCGUGCCCAGCCAGGGCGUGGCGUACAGCCGUGAGCGCGAGGACGCCAUCGCACGCGACAUCAAGCGCCAGCAUAUCAGCCGCUACGAGCAGGUCCAUCAGCUGGCCAGCACCUCGGACGCUCUCAAGCAGAAGGAUGACACGUUUGUCGAGAAGCUGUUCACUCAGAUUAUCAAGAAUGUGCAGGUGACCGUCAAGGACAUCCACAUCCGAUACGAGGAUCAGGUCACCGCGCCGAAGACGCCGUUCGCGCUCGGUGUGACGCUGCACACACUAUGUCUGGAGAGCACCGACAACCACUGGAAGCCGGCCAUCGUCACCGACGCCGUCAAACAGAUCUACAAGCUGGUGAGCCUCGACAGUCUGAGCGUGUACUGGAACAGCAGGACCCAGCUGUAUAGCCAGCUCAGCAAAGCUGAGCGGGAGGAGCGCUUCAUGAGUGAUGUGGCCACUUCCACCUCCACCCCGGCCGGCACCAAGUACCUCGUGGGCCCCAUCCACGCCAAGGCCCAGCUGAAGCUGAACCCGGAGCCAGAGUUUGACGGCAGCGGCUACCAGAUCCCCAAGGUGUGGCUGAGCCUGGUGCUGGAGGAGCUGUCGGUUGGUCUGACCAAGUACCAGUACCGCGACCUGAUGGAGCUGCUGCAGAGUAUGGAGCGCAUGACACUGGCCCAGCCCUACAGAAAGUACCGGCCGCAGCUUCGCGAGUACAAGGGCCACGCCAGGGAGUGGUGGCUGUUCGCCUACAAGUGCGUGCUGAACGAGACGGUGCGCCGCCGCCGCCGCAACUGGGCCUGGGUGCACAUCAAGGCCUACCGUGACAUGUGCAGACGCUACGUCAAGGCAUACAAGACGAAGCUGACCACCAAGAAGCCGCCGCCGGACGUGCUGAGUCGGAUCGAGGACUACGAGUACAAGCUGGACAUCGUGAACGUCAUCAUGAUCCGACGGCAGGUGCAGAUGGAGGUGGACAAGCAGGCGGAGAAGCUCAAGAAGGACCAGAAGAAAGCCGGCUGGUUUGGCGGCUGGUUCAGCAGGGGUGGCGGCAGCGAGACCGCCUCCAGCGAGGAGGACAUAACCAAGCAGCUGGAGGCGGCCAUGACGACGGAAGAGCGACAGAAGCUGUACGAGGCCAUCGACUAUCAGGAGAACGCGGCGCCGACCGUGUACCCGGCGGAGUUCGAGGCUGUCCAGCUGGCGUUCCGGCUGGGUCGGCUGGCCGUGAGCGUCGAAGACGAGGAGGCGACGCCGCAGCGCGUGCUGGCGCUCAGCCUGCGCUCGGUGGACGCCAGUCUGGUGCAGCGGCCGGCCGCCAACGCCGUCAGGGUUGAGGCGUGCAUUAGCGAGCUAAGGAUGGAUGGAAUCCCGGAGAAAGGGAAGGCGCCGGACAUCGCCACCACCAUCGCCAAGGAGGGCUCCGACAGCGCGCUGCUGACGUUCAUGUUCGAGACGAACCCGCUGGACGGCGAGUGUGACCAGCGGCUGCGCGCGCGCAGCCAGCCCGUCGAGAUGGUCUUCCACGCGGCCACGUUCAGCCGGCUGGCCACCGUGCUCCGGCCGCCGCGCCACAUCCAGCUGUCCCAACUGCAGGCCGCCGCCAUCAGCAAGCUGCACGAGCUGAAGGAGACGUCGGCACUGAAGAUGCAGCACGCCAUCGAGAACCACAGCACACUGGAUCUUGAGAUCGACCUGAUGGCCUCACGGGUGCUGGUGCCCGAGUUCGGAGACGUCACCAGGGAGGGCCGCAGGCUGGCGCUGAACCUGGGGAGCGUGCGGAUCCGGUCCGUGCCGCGCCAGGUGGCGUCGCUGACCACCGUCCGCCAGAUGGCCAGCGAGGGCACCUCCAGCGACGACAUCUACCAGAAGAUGGCCGGCCAGGCGUACGACCAGUUCGACAUCGAGCUGCAGGAUAUCGAGAUGGUGCUGGCCGUGCGGGGCGAGUCGUGGCGCGAGGCGCUGGCGCUGAGCGGCUCGCCGCUGCACCUGGUCCGGCCCAUCAGCCUUGCCAUCUGCCUGAAGAAGUGCCUCAUCACGGACGACCCCCGGCUGCCCGUCGUCAAGGUGGACGCUUCCAUCGCCAAGCUCAGCGUCGGCAUAUCGGACCACCGCCUGAUCCAGCUGGCCGUGCUGGCGGACAGCAUCCCAAGCGCGGCGCCCGAGGACGAGGACGACACGCCCGCGCCGGCCCUGGACGGCAACGCCAACGUCCUGAACGUGGGCAGGCCGACGCAGGGGCUGGCGCGGCUGCAGGACAAAAAGGCGUCCUCCAGCGCGGCCACGCGGGCUGAGCAGAUGACCAACCUGCUGCUCACCUUCAACAUCCAAGAGCUGUGUACGGACGUGUACCGGCGUCAGUCGGCGCCGGACAAGGCCGCCGAUGAGCAGAUGAUCUCGCUGGUGAUCGGGGGUGUCGGCUGCUCCGUGGCCGCUCGCACUCACACCCUGGAGGUGACCAGCACGCUGGCCGGUGUUACGCUCAAGAGUCACGAGUUCCGGGACCCGGACGGCGGCGAGCUGUUCCUGGUCAGCACGCCGAUGACUCACGGCGGCUCGGAGCCCCUGCUCAGCUGCACGUACACCAAGGUGGACCGCGACUGGGACAAGUUCCGCUCCGCGUACGGCGGCGUCGGCCAGCUGCUGGAGCUCACGUUCAGCGAGCUGACGGUGCAGCUGCACCAGGCGGCGCUCUGCUCGCUCAUGACGUUCGGCGACGCCAUCAGCCGUCAGCUGAGCAGCCUGAUCAUCAACAUGCUCCCUCCGUAG